AUGGAAGUUCCAGUUAAGUAUCUGGUGAAGCUAUGGAAGUUUAUAUCCUUCGUACCUGUCUUCCUGUUACUCCUUGUUCUAGGCCUUAUCAAAGCUGCAUUGGUCGGUCCUGUUGUUGCUAUCAUUGUUUUUGCAGCGAAUUCAGCCGUGAUAAUUGGACUUUGGCCUGCACAUUUCAUAUGGACUUACUACUGUGUAAUAAAGACGAAGAGGCUUGGAUUAACUUUGAAGAUUUUUGUAUUGGUUUCUCUGCCUCUACCUUUGGUUCUUUGGCCAGUUAUUGGAAUUGUUGCAAACCUUCUAGUUGGGAUUGGUUAUGGGUUUUUCAAUCCCUUAAUCGCAACAUUUGAAGCCACGGGGAAGAAUGUCAUGGAAAAAGCUUGCCAUUACUUUUAUGAUGGCUCUUGGAGCACAGUUAAAGGGGGUUGUACGAUCGUGGAAGAUUUCACGGACUUCUGCUUUCACUCGUACUUCUCUUUCAUGGAUGAACUGAGUAAACAAAUUCGUGACGAUGAAAAGCCAAUGGAUAUCAAGUUACUGAAGCUGCCAAGUUGUUUAGUAGUCAGUCUCCUGGCUAUUCCUGUAGAUGUCCCUGUAAUCACCGCUGUUGCAUUAUGGAAAAGCCCUUACAUGUUGGUUAAAGGAUGGAAGAGGUUACUAGAAGAUUUGGUUGGAAGAAAAGGGCCAUUCGUGGAAUCAGUAUGUGUCCCUUUUGCUGGUCUUGCCAUCAUCUUAUGGCCUAUCGCAGUAGUGGCAGCUGUUAUCAGUUCUUUCCUCAGCAGCUUCUUUUUAGGAUUAUAUGCCGGAGUUAUUGUCCAUCAGGAAGACUCUAUAAGGAUGGGACUUACUUACAUUGUAUCCGUGAUUUCGCUAUUUGACGAAUAUACAAAUGACUUGCUCUACUUUAGAGAAGGAUCCUGCCUUCCCAGGCCGAAAUACCGCAGAAACAUGAAAACCAGUUCAAGUCUCCCUGAGAGAACAAUCUCAAUAGAGAAGGAUAACAAUCAUUGUCAGAACUGCGAGAAAAUUAUCUCCGCGGGGUCAAAGUUGGUUUCAGAAAAGUCGAGGUUGAAGUGGGGUAUCCAACAAUUAAAACCAGUCCAGGUGUGGGACUGGUUGUUCCGAUCUUGUGAGGUGAAUGGAAGGAUUCUUCUCCAUGAAGGACUCAUUGAUACAAAAGACAUAGAAGAAUGCAUUUCGAAGGGGAAAUGCAAGAAGUUGGGUGUUAAAUUACCUGCUUGGUGUAUUUUGCAGUGUCUGCUUUCUUCGGCGAAGUCCAAUUCACCGGGUUUGAUUAUAUCCGAUGAUAUGGAGAUGACGAAAUUUAAUUGGCCAAGAGAUAAGGUGCUUGAAUGGUUUUUUGGGCCUCUCAUAAUCAUAAAGGAGCAGAUCAAAGGGCUACAGUUGAAUGAGAAGGAAGAGGCAUGCUUGAGAAAAUUGACUAUGACUUGCAACAACGACAAACCGCAAGACUGGGAUCACACAGGAUUUCCAACUGAGGAUAGUGUCAAGACGGCACAGUUGCAAGCUAUAGUUCGAAGAUUGCAGGGGAUUGUGGCUUCAAUGACCCGAAUACCAACUUUCCGGCGUCGGUUCAAGAACUUGGUGAAGGUUUUAUACAUUGAAGCAGCCAAAACAGCUGUUGGUUCAGAAAAUCUGGAGGAAGAGAUCUCAAGGUCGAGACACGCUUCCAAGAAACCAUCUUCAGUAGCUCAAGAUAUAGGAGGCUCCAAUCCAAAUUCCAGCACUACUUUUGCAGAAGAAGGAUGCGAAGAAACAACAAAAGAUGGUGAUAGCAUUGUGUAACUACUAUCUAUCUCUACGGGUAUGUUUUCUUUUACAACUUUGCGAUUUAAGUAGCUUUUGGGUCAUGUCAGGUGAGCCUUUCACGUAAC